ACACACCCUCCACCCCCAUCGCUGCAGUGUCUCAACUGCCUUGGAGCAAACAAGAGAGGAUAUAGAACACAGACGCUAAUAAGACAAGAGGAAGAGGGGCGCUGAAACACACACACACAGAGAGAGAGAGAGAGAGAGAGAGAGAGACAGAGAUGAUGUGUGUGUGUGUGUGAGUGUGUGUGAGAGUGUGUGACCCCCGUGAAUAUGAAGGAAGAUAUGAAGAUGGAGCAGCAGGAUUAAAGGUGGAUUGCACAGAGCCUUUCUCUCCCUGCAAGGGCUUGUCUGCAGUAUCCUUUGUAAAUGGAUGCUGGCUUGUGAACACGAAUCGGAGGCCUUCAGUUGUCUGGGAGAUAUCUCACCACAGAAGAAGCAGAAAAAACUACAUCAAGAAGAUCAAGUCAAGCAGGCCAAAUAUCGAGCUGAGGUGGAUUGUUGCAGAAGCCAAACAAGGGCAACACACCACUAGAGCCAUGUGGGAGGAGAGUGAGGAGGGUUUGCUAUUCGCACGCAUCAAGCCCAAACUCUUCCUCUACUGACGUACUCCAGAGCUGAUCCUCAGGGGGAGCCCCUGCUAUGAACCCCAGCUCCAUUGGCUUCAGCAGGCAGUCAAACCUCAGUGCCAGGCGCUGUGUGGGCAUCCCACAAGUCUGGGUUCUGCCCACACAGAACUCACAGACUGCCCCUGAACAAAAAGAAUGAAAUACUCCUGAGUCACUCCUCUGUGAGGUGGCUUUCCAGUCCAGUGUUAAAUUGGCCUCUUGUGAAGUUCUGUCCGCCUCCUGCCCUGCUAGCUCGUACUCACAGAAACCCUCUCCAACUCUUCCACCAGCUCCAUUUCAGUCACCACUUCAUUAUAAAUUGCUCUCCCAUCAAGCAGCAGCACGAGUUCCUUUGCGCUUACCACGUGGUGGAGGACCAUGGGAUGCCGUCAGAGCUCGGAGGAGAAGGAAGCAGCGCGGCGCUCUCGGCGAAUCGACCGCCACCUGCGCUCAGAGAGUCAGCGGCAGCGGCGUGAGAUCAAGCUAUUGUUGCUGGGCACCAGCAACUCUGGCAAGAGCACCAUCGUCAAGCAGAUGAAAAUCAUACACAGUGGGGGCUUCAACCUGGAAGCCUGCAAGGAGUACAAGCCUCUCAUCCUGUACAAUGCCAUCGACUCUCUCACCCGCAUCAUCCGUGCCCUCACCACCCUUAAGAUUGACUUUCACAAUCCGGACCGCGCCUACGACGCCGUGCAGCUCUUUGCCCUCACAGGCCCUGCUGAGAGCAAGGGGGAGAUCACUCCAGAGUUGCUGGGAGUAAUGAAACGUCUGUGGGCAGACUCAGGGGUCCAGGAGUGCUUUCAACGAUCCAAUGAAUACCACUUAGAGGACAACACUGCCUACUACCUGAACGACCUGGACCGCAUCUCCGCGCCUGAGUACAUCCCUACUGUAGAGGACAUUCUACGAUCCCGUGACAUGACCACCGGCAUCGUGGAGAACAAGUUCACCUUCAAGGAGCUCACCUUCAAGAUGGUAGAUGUGGGUGGACAGCGCUCGGAGAGGAAGAAGUGGAUUCAUUGUUUCGAGGGCGUGACUGCAAUCAUUUUCUGUGUUGAGCUAAGUGGCUAUGACCUCAAACUCUACGAGGACAACCAGACGAGCCGCAUGGCCGAGAGCUUGCGUCUGUUCGACUCCAUCUGCAACAACAACUGGUUCACCAACACGUCGCUCAUCCUCUUCCUCAACAAGAAGGACCUGUUGGCCGAGAAGAUAAAACGCAUUCCCCUGACAGUGUGCUUCCCCGACUACAAAGGUCAGAACACCUACGAGGAGGCGGCCGUCUACGUGCAGCGGCAGUUCGAGGACCUCAACCGCAACAAGGAGACCAAGGAGAUCUAUUCGCACUUCACCUGUGCCACUGACACCAGCAACAUCCAGUUUGUGUUCGACGCUGUCACGGACGUGAUCAUCCAGAACAAUCUGAAGUACAUUGGGCUAUGCUAGGACCUGACGCUGGUUGGGAGCGGGUGGGGUGGCGGGUGGUGGGCUGGGGGUUAAAGCGGGGGGCCGCUUGGCAGCAGUCGGCCCGUCGUCAGGCUGGAUAAACGGAGGCAUGUCAGUCUGCCUGCUGGUUUAUCUCUUUGAAGAGGUGCAACAGAGAACUGGGAAGCAAAUGAGGCGGUCAGGGACGGACGAUACUGUAGAUCCAACUGUUUCUAUGGAAGCAGCAGAGCUGAUGGUGAAGACGGGAUUUUUUAACCCUACGUGUUUGCACUGAAUAUGAGUAUGCAGAGACACCCAAACACACACACACACAUACACACAUAUACACACACACACUGAUCCUUAUUGUUUGUUCACACACAAGAUCUUUGGAUCAACAGUCAAGCACUUGUUUGACGAGGCAACACUGGAAAUUUUAGACAGCUACCCCCCCGACCUGCCUGCCAAACCUGAGACUGAUAAUAGGUCUGUACUGGCGGUUUUCAGUUACUUUUGUCUCCUUUCUUUUAUUUGCCUGAGUCAAUUAAUGCUGCUUUAUAAAAAAGAAAAAGGAAAAAAAAAAAAAAAAGAUAAUAAUAAUAAUUUUGACAGAAUCAAUGUUCUCUUUUUGGAUUUUCACCCAAACAGUAGUAAACAGUGAGUGCACCUGAUGAGAGCCUGUAUUCCUGGGUGGGUGGGUGGGGAGGGGGGAGAAGAAGUCAUUAGACAUGAUGUCACAGGGUUUCUGCCUAAAAAGAGGAAACUGCCACCGUCUAAAGUUGAAGUGAAAUACGUUUUCUACACACUGAUUUCUGUUCUGUCCCCUGGUCGACCCUCUGAUGUUGUCCUUCCUCCCUCCUCCCUUCUUUCUUUCUUUAAUCUUUUUGUGCUUUAAAAAAAAUAAGAAAAAAGAACAUGUCUCUCCAACCUGCCUUUUACAGCAGGACACUGACUUAUAAUACCAGGAGUAUGUUACGCUCGGCAGAGUCAAAAGUAUUUAUGAUCAUUCCAGUUUCCAGCAAGAGACGACAAAAACAGUGCCAAGAUCAGUUUGUAAAUAAAAUCAGAUCCCAUCCAUGACCUUCUUUUUUUUUUGUUUUUGUUUUUUUGAUUUUGUUUUUAUGGACGUUAAAAAACAUGCAUGAUUUUGUUACUUUGGGAUACUAAUAUAUUUUCUUUGGGUUUCUCUUUUCCUAGGUUUUAAAUAAUAUAUUCCCAAAAAUAUAUAUAAAAGUCAAACACUGUGUACGAUUGUACAGUUGUCAAGAGAGGAAUCUAUUUGAAAAGAGUUUUAUCGAUAUAAUAAUGGUGAUCAUAAUGUUAUGAUGAUGAUGAUGAUGAAAAAAGAUGAUGAUGAUAGCGGCGGCGAUGAUGAUGGUGAUGAUGACGACAAUGCUGACAAAGAAAAACCUCACGACAAAGUUAGCAUGAGAGGAGAAAGUGGAUCAAAGGAGAACAAGACUGUAGAAGAAAAAAAAAAAACAAAGAAACAAACCUUGAGAGUUCAAUCUUCCUUGCAUUAUCUAAGUGGAAAUUGUUAAACAGUCAGUCAGUAUGAUGUGUAAAUAUACUGUAAGGUACACUGUUUGUUCAAACAAAUGAAAAUAAAGGUUGAGUUGGGAUACUGCGAGUGAGAUAAAGAGAGAGUGAGAGAUAGAGGAGGUAAAAAAAAAAGAAAAAAAAAGACAAAUCCCACUCCGCUCCUCCUCUUACCCUUUCUUUUCAGUUCAGAGAACAACUCAGCCAAGGGCUUCAGGCUUGACUUUACGGGAUGUCCACUUCAACAAAAGACAAAACAAUGAAAAAGAAAAAAAAAAAGAAAUAUAAAAAAGGACAAUAACUAUGAAUAAAACAACUUAUGCAAAUUUUGACGGUG